AUGACAGCCAGGCCACCUGAGUUCGACGACACCACCAGUAGCUGGAACACUUACCGGGUCCGUUUGGAAGCCUUUUUUGAGGGCCACAGCAUCACAAAUCCAGGGAAACAGCGUGCGCUUCUUGUGUCAGCACUAAGUGACAACGUGGUUCGCGUACUUCAGGGCCAGUGCCAGUCAGAAUCGGUGAACCACCUGAGCUAUGAGGCCGUCGUACAGCACCUGGACAACCACUUCGAUCCCCAAGUCAACGAGAUAGCAGCGAGCUAUGCUUUUUUCAUGCGGAACCAAGCGGAAGGCGAAAAGGUACGGGACUACAUAACCGACCUGAGACGUCUUGCAAAAGAUUGCAGUUUCGAUAAGUUUUUGGAUCGCAUGUUGAGGGAUCGGAUUGUCUGCGGAAUCCGUGAUGAACAAGCUCGACGACACACGUUGUCCCAGAAGAAGUUGACCUUGGCGGAGGCCGAAGCUUUCGCUCUAGCAGCGGAAACCGCAGAAACAAAUGUUCGGGCUAUGCAAGAGAGGAGGUUCAACGACAACGGUGCUGCGAACUUCAUACAGAAGCACAGGAUAAAUCCGCAGAAGUCCGGACGUGGGCAUGGAUCCAUGACCGAGGCUACGCAAUGCCCGAGAUGUGGCUCGAAUCAUGUUUCGGAAGUGUGCAGACACAAGAAAGCGACGUGCUACAAGUGCGGCAGGAAGGGACACCUGGCAAGGAUGUGCUCUAGUGGUCGCGCUAACCCCUCAGGAACGUACGCUGUGAAAGAGCUAGACGGCAGUGACGAAAGCGGAGAAGAAAUGCUCUACGCUUUGGUGGCUCACAGCUACAGUAGUAACGAGUCCGCACGGCCAUUCGAAAGGGAUUUCAUCUGGGAAGGCCGAAAACUGCGAAUGUUGGUGGAUACAGGAUCCACUAUCAGCGUAAUUCCAAGGACGGUAUUCGAAAACCAUCGCGAAUGGUGGCCGACACUGGAGAAAACUUCACUGCGGCUGACAUGCUUCCUGGGGCCUCUACCGGUCCUUGGCCGAGUGGCUAUGAAAGUCGAAUGCGAUAAUACGCAAGUAGACAGCUCGCUAGUGGUAGUGGAUUGCGACGGGCCUCUGUUGUGCGGCCGGAACACCAUCCAAGCCUUUCGGAGUGCUGGCAUAGCGCUACUGGAUGAAUGCGCGCCACAGAGCGUGAAUGUGGUUCACUGCGACGCAGAGACAGCGAAACUUUUGGCUAAAUUUCCAGAUAUUUUCGAGGAGAAGUUGGGGUGUUGCAAGGGGCCGCCCGUGAAACUACACAAAAAGGAGGCCGCUGUACCACGCUUUCUCAAGGCUCGACCAGUGCCGUACGCGCUUCGGGAAAAGGUGUCUGCCGAAAUUGACCGCCAAGUACAGGAGGGAGUGCUUUCACCAGUGAGAGUUUCCGAGUGGGCUACGCCCGUCGUGCCCGUAGUGAAGCGAAACGGUGAUAUUAGACUUUGCGGCGACUUCAAGCUAACCGUUAAUCAGGCGACUCAUCUGGAACAGUACCCGUUACCGAAAAUUGAGGACAUCUUCGCAUCUUUGUACGGGGGGGAGUUGUUCACCACUUUGGAUUUGCGGCAUGCGUAUAAUCAACUUCCACUGGACGACGAGGCACGAGAAAUGGCGGUGUUGAACACACACAAAGGGUUGUUUGCAUACAACCGCCUCGCGUUCGGAAUUGCAUCGGCUCCGGCUUUGUUCCAGCGCCGCCUCGAGUCCGUUCUGCAAGGCCUCCCGCGCGUCAAGGUGUACUUGGAUGACAUCAUUAUAGCCGAAAAGCAGAACGACAACUCAACUCUCCGGCAAGUCCUCGAGCGGCUGCGCGACAAUGGACUCAAGUUGAACCGUGACAAAUGCAGGUUCCGCGAGAAGCAAGUUUCGUUUUUGGGCCACAAGAUCGACGCAACUGGCCUGCACCCUCCUGAGAAUAUGGAAGCCAUCACCGAGGCACCAAGACCGGAGACGGUGAGCCAGCUAAAAUCCUUUUUGGGAUUGCUCACUUAUUACGCCAAGUUUUUGCCUAACCUUGCAACCACCUUAGUCCCACUCUACAGGCUGCUGGCUAAAGGAGUUAGAUGGCAAUGGAAAGCCGAACACGAGAAAGCCUUCCAGGCAGCCAAGCGCGCUAUGGUGGCAGCGGAACUACUCGUGCACUACGACCCCGAAAAGCCGUUGCGGCUUGAAUGCGAUGCCUCGCCAGUUGGAGUUGGCGCGGUGCUGUCACACCGAAUUGGGAACACAGACUAUCCCAUAUCGUUCCGUUCGAGGGCACUGACACCUGCUGAGCGGAAUUACUCGCAAUUGGAGAAAGAAGCACUGGCCUUGGUGUUCGGCGUUACUAAGUUUAGAGAUUACUUGUUGGCGAAGCAUUUUACUCUGGUGACGGAUCACAAACCACUGACCGGACUGUUUCACCCGGAGAGGCCGAUACCGCACAUGGCAGCAGCGAGAAUUCAACGAUGGGCAUUGCUACUGUCGGCUUACCAUUAUGACCUCGAGUACCGCCAAGGACAGCUAAAUGCUAACGCAGACGCUCUCAGUCGCCUUCCACUGCCAUGCUUAGGUGACCGAGGAGGGCAAGAACCCAUGGAAUACGUGCUUUAUACGCGGAGCCUAAAUUCCAUGACCCUUUCCGCUCAGCACUUGGCGGAACUGAGCCGAUCGGACGAUACGCUGCAUCAGAUCAGGGGGUGA